ACAAAUUAGUAAAACACAAGAGGAGAAACCAGCCAUUUAUCAAAAGGAUCACAUAGUGUUUGGAAGAAUCAAGAGAGCUUCUUCUUGUUCUGCUUGCCAUGGCCGCUCAAACCCUAAUCCUCUUAAACCCCACCCUCGAUUCUCACCGUCGCCACAACUCCACCUCCCCAUCUCUCCAAACCCACUUCCCCAAACAUAUACUUACAUCUCGUGUAUCUAAUCCCCAUGUUUUUUUCCCCUUCAGUGAAAAACCCACUUGCCCAAUUUCAAGAACAUCCAAGAUUUUUGCUUUUCCAUCAAACACUCAAGACCCAGCUCAGUCUCAGCUCACUGACUCAACUCGCACUGUGGCAUCUCUCUUGGCUCUCGCUCUCUCAGUUUCUAGGCUUUUCUCCGAGAAAAUCGCAACUUUUUUGGUGAAGAUGAAGGGCAUUUGUGCAGUUCCUAGUCAAGAUGAGCUUUUGGGUAUCAAGAAUGUGCAGGAUAAUGUGGUUUGUGCUAUGGGGCCUUUGUUUUUCGCAGCAAUUAAUACGGGCCCGAGGGCAUUGAACACACCAUUGACAGUUGUGGCAGCUGGAAUGUCGAAAUGGCUUGAGAUUUAUAGUGCUGUGUUGAUGGUUAGGGUGUUGUUGAGUUGGUUUCCGAAUAUACCUUGGGAUCGUCAGCCAUUGUCAGCUAUCCGGGACUUGUGUGAUCCUUAUUUGAAUCUUUUUAGGAAUAUUAUUCCUCCGCUUUUCGAUACGUUGGAUGUUAGUCCACUUUUGGCUUUUGCGGUGUUGGGAGCGCUUGCUGGGGUUCUUGGUGCAUCAAACAAGCCUUAUUGAGAUUAGGGAUGGAGUGAUGAUCGGGUUAAGAAGUUAAUGGUUCGGGAUGAGGUUUGUAAACUCUUACUAUUGUUGUUUAAGAUUUCAUGGUUUAAUUUUAGUGGAUGUAAUUUUGUUAUUAAGUAAUCACAUAGAACUUGUAAAUGCAGUUAUGCGAAUGCUACUUUCUGUUAUGUGCUUAUUGUGCACUUGACGUUUCUAGUUUGUUAAACAAGAGAAUGUUCAGUA